AUGUUUGACAUCCUAAAAAAAGACAACUGCCAACUGAACUGCAAAUGUGAACUCUGCCGAGAAUUAUCCAGUCCAGGGUCCAGUCCUAGGUCUGACUACUGUUCAUCACCAACAGCGGAAAUCUCGAAGGUCUUCCGGCCAAUGGACAGCACCAAUUUUAUCCUCAGGCGGGCCAUGCCCUUUGUCAGUCGGGCACCUUCCAAGGAGUGGCAGGAAGCUACCAUGGUGGAUGACUACGGGACCAUGUCCACGCUUGAGGACACCACCAAACUGCUCGAUCUCGGGCUGACUAGUACUAAUAGUAGUCCCUCGUCAGUCGGAGGAAGGAUUAUGGACGGUGACUAUGGUAAAUUCACGCCGAGCAGACCCGCGCCGCCGAAACCUGAUCAGGACCCGAAUAAAAUUGUGAUUCAUUGCGGGGAAAAUUCGCAGGAGGAAAUUGUGGUACAUGUCAGUCCUAGUAGGGAAGAUGUGCUGAAGAUUGAAGAGGACGAAACUAGGAUUGAAGAUUACUGGUCUUUGCCGGGGGAUACUACUGGGUUCAAGGCUGAUUGGAGUUUUGUGCAGCAGUGGCGGCUUCGUGGACCGAGUGGUGCGAAGGAUGUCUACUGCCCUCCAUACGGCAAGGACAGCCCCGAAUCGGCUCGGCUCGAGUCAGACCACCCGCACCACCACCACAGCUCGCACUUACGCCGCCCAGAAUGCACGGGGAACAGUUCCUCCGACGAGAACCGUUCCUCUGGCCACGCGAGUAUGUCAGACACCGGCGGUCACAGCAGCAGCUCGCCCUACCGAGCGCGAGAGCAACUAAACUCCGUCCCCGAAGACGAUAGAUUCUCUGCCUCAGUGACCCAGCGGCGAAACCGCGGCCCGAGCCGCAACAGACACCGAGCCACCCCAGCGAAGGUUCCGUGGAACGGUUCCGGCUUGGAGGAUAUAAAACUCGCCAUCCAGCAGCUGACGAUGCGUUCCCACACUUCAACUUCAACCUACUCAUCGCUCAGCGGCUCAGAAAGCUCCGAGCCAGCAGUCCGGCGGCUGAUGCGGCACUCCAGCCUGGAGACGAUCAACACCAACGUGACCAGUGCGGACGAAUUCGUCUGGGUGGACUCCCACAACCGCCUAGUCGAGCUGCAGAGCCUCCCCUGGAGCCACCACGACGUCCUCCGAGUCCUCCAGACCGGCCGCGCACGAGAACACAUGGACCUAGUCUCCAUGGACACCAUCCCCAGGCUGUCCUACCUCCUCCAACGCGCCCUAGUCCGUGUGGCCCGCGAAAUCCAGCGCCUGGCCCGCCCUCUGGGGCUCUGCAGCAAGCACGAGGUCGCCAGCGCCCUCAAAAUUGUCCUCUGCCCCGCCCUAGCGGACUCCUGCAUCAAAGCAUGCCUCAGAGCAGCCGCCAUGUUCGCAGUUUCCGGAGACCAGCUGCGCCAAUCAAAAUCCUCCCGAUCAGGCCUGACUCUUCCAGUCGGGAGGUUCCUCAGGUGGAUGUCAGACGUGCGGCUCGGCAAGAUGGUCCACGAGUAUGCGGCUAUCUACCUAGCCGCAGGGAUGGAGAACCUCCUGGAGGAGAUCCUCCUCCAGUGUCUUCCUCCAGACGCAGUAACUCUAACAGCCACCAUGCUGGAGCACGCAAUCGCCAACAACGGCGACCUCUGGGGCCUGCUUCAGCCCUACGCGCACUUAAACGCUGGCCGUACGGCUUCAGGGGCUCUAGCCAUGCCCAGGUGGGCCUCAGUCAGCAGUCUCAACUCCUCCACCUCCAAAGGAAGCCGAGAUCUAGGAAACAUUGAGCCCUCCUUGCUCACCACCUGCGUAGGGUCAUUAUCCGAGCUUCUAGAACUCAUCUCCAAGCUGACCCACGCCGGAAAGUGCCCCACCCCCUUGACCUCCAAGGCCCUCAAUGCCCUCUUCUACUACAUGCGCUGCUCCCAAUUAGAGCACGGAGACAAAAGCGCGGGAAUUCAAGAACUAGCUUACGAGAGGGCGUAUGUAGUCCUGCCCCCUCUUGUUGAGUGGCUGAGAGUCUCUGCGGCUCACUCGGAGUACCGCCAUGGGGGCGUGGUCGACCACGAUGACGUCAACCAAGCAGCCAGGCUCCUCCUCCCGGGCGUUGACUGCCCCGUAAGGCCGCUUUGCUUUGAAGAAGUCAGCUGCCGUAGGGCCGACGAUGAGUUUGUCAAACGCUUAACCCUGGACAUGGCCUUUAAAAUGCUGACCAGUGGCCGCAGGGAUUUGGUCAGCCAGGCGCUGCCCCUGCUGCCCCCCACUAAAAUCAACACAGUCAACGAUUCCGGCCUUACGGCGCUUAUGCUCGCCUGCAUAGCCAAUAACGAAGCCGCUGCGACGACCUUAUUGGACGCGGGGGCGGAUCCUAACAUCGAAAGCCCCGCCCCUGGAGCCACGCCCCUUAAAUCCGCCCCUAAGAGUCAAAGUAACGCAGAAACUCAGCACUGGACAGCGCUGACCUACGUUUCUUUGUUGGGCCACUGUCAAAUCGCCAGGAUUUUAUUAGAGAGGGGCGCUAAGGUCGAGGGCGGGGCCAGGGUGGGGGAGGACAAGUGUACUGUCACGCCCCUCCAAGCCGCUACGGCUACAGGGUGCCAUGAAAUGGUCGCGCUGCUACUGGCUCAUGGCGCGCAGCCUUUUUUAUCGACUAUUGUCAAAGACGGGUUCAGUUACUCCGGUGCGGCUCAGCGCGGCUGCUACAGCGCCAUCUGUGUGGCCACGGCCCACGGCCAGAGGGCGUGUCUUCACCAGCUGCUGUCCCACCCACUGAACUUCUCCAGGAAGGACAAGGAGGUGCUAAGCUUGGAGGAAAUCCUCGCAGAGGGCAGCACUGAGCCGCUGGCCAAAACCAAGGACCCGGUGUUUAAUAAGGUCCAGAGCAAGGCCCUCCAGGAGGCGAUGUACCACAGUGCGGAGAGCAACCACCUGGAGAUCACCAUGGAGUUAAGAGGCCUAGGUGUCGCUUGGACUCUCCACUGCUGGAUGGCCAGUUUAGCUACUGCCCAUGAGAUGAAGAUCGACACCGUCAUUGAUCAGCUCCUCCAGGACUUCCUUCAGGUCUGCCCUGAUGAUUACUCCUCCCAGUUUGUUCAGGAGUGUCUGCCAUUGUUGUUCAACAUCUUCCGGUACAAUAAGGUAGAAGGAGGCAACUACGCUCCUCCUAGCGGACAUUUUUUGCAACUGCUACGGCUGGGAGCCGAUAAAGAAGAUCCGGGAUACGACUGUACCGACCGGGUCGAGGAUAGAUCCCAAGUUUGUGAACAAUCCUGAACUUAGUGAUGUUCAGUUCCGUGUAGAGGGCCGCGUUUUUUACGGGCACAAGAUUGUGCUCAUAACCUCCUCACCCAGGUUCAGGAAUAUGCUCAGUUCUAAACUUUGCGAAGGAAAUCCUCCUAUUGUGCAGAUUAAUGAUAUAAGAUAUCAUAUUUUUCAGAUGGUAAUGGAAUUUCUUUACCACGGAGGUUGCGCGAGUUUGCAAGUAAACCAGAGUGACGUCUUGGAACUCAUGGCUGCGGCUAACUUCUUCCAGCUUGACGGGCUUUUAAGAUACUGCGAAGCCCAGUGCUCUUCUAUAGUCGACCUGGAUAAUGUAGUCUCCAUGUAUAUCCACGCCAAGGUAUACAACGCGAACCAAUUACUGGAAUAUUGCCAAGGUUUCCUUCUCCAAAAUAUGGUGGCGCUGAUGACCUACGACGACUCGGUAAAGCGAUUAUUAUUCGCUAAAAAAUUACCAAAUCACGACGUACUUGCCGGACUGCUUGCCACGCUUCAAUCGAGAAUAAAAUCGCGGAAGCAAUAUAAAAAUUA